GCAAGUAGUGGAGAUCAACAGUUAAGAUGCCAGGACCCCCUGGAAGCCUAGAAAUGGGAGUGUUGACAUUUAGGGAUGUGGCUGUAGAAUUCUCUCUGGAGGAGUGGCAAUGUCUGGACACUGCACAGCGGAAUUUAUAUAGGAAUGUGAUGUUAGAGAACUACAGAAACCUGGUCUUCCUGGGUAUUGCUGCCUCUAAGCCAGACCUGAUCACCUGUCUGGAGCAAGGAAAAGAACCUUGGUAUGUGAAGAGACAUAAGAUGGGAGCUGAACCCCCAGGUAGGUGA